AAGGCAAUGGGAAGUCUGGACUCUCUGGGUAUUACUACCAAGGUGUGUGGCGAUCACUUGGUGGCACCAAAGUCCACCAAUUCAACAACUCCUCUGCCAUCAGUCAGUGUCUGAAAGGAAAGGUGGUCCACCUGUAUGGAGACUCCACCCUUAGGCAGUGGCAGUGAGUACUUUGAUGCUUCACUUCCAGAUGCUAAAGAGAUAAACCUGAAUAAUCCGAAGAAAUCAGGACCUUUCAUGAUAUGGGACAAUGCAAAAAACAUCUUGGUGAAGUUCCACUUACACGGUCCUCCUCUUAGUGUUUCCAUCAAUAUCCCAACCAGUGAGCUGCGUUACAUUGCCAAUGAAAUAGAUGAUGUAGUUGGUGGCUCCAACACAGUUAUAAUUUUUGGUAUCUGGGCCCACCUCACUCCUUUCCCAAUGCAAUUCUACAUCAGAAGGCUUUACGGCAUCCGCAGGGCGGUGAUUCGUCUGUUAAACAGGGCUCCAGACACGCUGGUGGUCAUCAGGACUCCAAACCUCAGAGGUACAAACCCCUAUAUAUUUACCUUUAAUGACUGGUAUGCUAUUCAACAGGACAAGGUGGUCAGAGCUGUGUUCAAAGGACUUAAUGUUCAGCUGGUGGAUGCCUGGGAGAUGGUUCUGGCCCACCACCUGCCUCACUACAUUCACCCACCUCCUCCCAUAAUUAAGAAUAUGGUUAACAUUAUAUUGUCCCACAUGUGCCCCCAAUAGUGCAUUUAAUAAUAAUAAUAACUUUAUUUAUAUAGCACUUAUCUAAACAAGGUUACAAAGUGCUUUACAGAAUGCAUUCAAUCAAAGAAAAUCAAACAUACAUGAAAAGUGCUUCACAAAAGAAUCAGGAUAAAACAUUGGUGAGUUAUAAAAAUUGAUUAAAUUAAUUAAAGCAGGACAUUAAUUACUGAUCAAUUGUUAAAAAGGCCUUCUUAUAAAAAUGAGUUUGGAGCAAGGAUUCAAAAAUAGGAACAGUUUGCCAGCCUAAUUUCUAGGGAGUUCCAGAGCUUAGGUGCUCUGAUGGCAAAUGCCCGGUCGCCCUUGGUAACCAGCCUAGAUCUAGGAACGACUCUUGAUGAGCUAAGAUUUGGCUCGGAGCAUAAGGGGUUAAAAGUUCUUUAACGUAAGGGGGGGGGGGGGGGGGGCUAGACCGUGUUUUGUUUUAAAAGUUUUUAAACUCAUUUUUAAAUCAACCCUGUAAGUAACGGGCAGCAAAUGGAGGGAGGAAAGGAUUGGGGUAAUGUUGGACCUGCAGUUUGCAUUUGUUAAAAUCCGAGCAGCAGCAUUCUGCACUUGCUGGAGUCUGGCCAUUGAGGACUGACUAAGGCAAGUCAAAAGUGAGUUGCAGUAGCCCAAACAUGAAAAGACAAAGGCAUGAAUAAGCUUCUCUAGAGCAGGGAAAGACAGAGUUGAUUUAAUUUACUAAUGUUUCUUAGCUGGUAGUAGCAGGAUUUAAUGAGAUUAUUGAUGUGCGGAAUGAAGUUAAGCUGUGAAUCAAAUGUAAUACCUACAUUUCUACCUGUAGAUUUUAUAUUGGGUGUUAGAGGACCAAAGAGCAGCUUGAAUUUGCUUGCUAUAUGAUCGGGGCCAAAGAAAAUGACCUCUUGUCUUCCCUGUAUUUAGCUGCAGAAAAUGACUCAUCCAUUUCUCGAUGGGGGCCAUGCACUCCACUAAAUUGUUUAAGCAGCUGAUAUUGUCUGACUUAUCAGCAUAACAGUGAUAGGAGACCCCCUCAAAGUAAUUCAUAAUAUUUCCAAGUGGGAGCAUAUGAAGGGAAAACAAGACUGGACCAAGAAUUGAGCCCUGUGGCAGACUGUACGUUAUGGGGGCCGAGGAAGAAACAAAUUACCAAUUGAGACAGAAAAUCCUCGAUUUGACAGGUAUGACCCAAACCAUUUGAGUGCAGUUCCGGUGAUGCCUACACACUGAUCAAGUCUAUUGGCUAGAUUUUUAUGAUCAAUAGUAUCAAAUGUUGCGCUUAGGUCCAACAGCAAUAUAACCAAACAUUCCCCAUUAUCAUCAGCAAAUCGUUUGUAGCCCUGAUAAGAGCAGUUUCGGUACUGUGUCGUUUGAGGAACCCUGAUUGAAAUUUGUCGCAGAUGUCAUUAUUGUUUAAAACAGAUGUCAGCUGGCUAAAAAAACACCUUUUCAACCUUUUCAAGAACCUUAGAUAUGAACAGAAGUUUGGAAAUGGGUCUAUAAUUCUCUGAAAGUGAUAGAUCAAGGUUAGGCUUUUUGAGUAAGGGCUGGAUGCUUCCUUGUUUAAAAUGAUUGGGAACAGUUAAUGAUGUAAAGUAAGCUGGGGCCAAUUGUACCAAUAACGUCUUUCAGGAGUGAGGUGGGUAAGACAUCAAUAGGGUUUGAGGUGGUACGCAUGUGAGACACAGUAUCGAUAAGCUCAGUAAGAGAAAUUCAUGGCUGAGCAGUUCAGAGCGGACAGGAUAAUCAUAAAUAUGUGCAGUUGUUGUUGGUACAAUAUUAGACCUAAUAUCCAUGAUUUUAUUUAGGAAAAAAGAUAAGAACUUUUCACAGUCAGCAUUUGAGGAAGCUGACAGAGCUGGGGGGCAGGGUUAAUAAAACCCUUUUCACACAUACGGAAAUCUCCUGAAAAACUCCGGACAUUAGUCUACCCGGAGGGGCUUUAGGGUAUAUGUGAACACAAACAGUCAAAUUUUUUGCGCAGACUUUACCCAGAGUUUCUCCGGCCAGACCCUUAGUAUUUUUUCCGCAAAAAGUCUGAGUGAGCUGAUGUGAGAACACCGCAGCAAAUUCUCCGGAGAAUUCACAUCAAGCCAAUGGGAAGAGAAUGACGUUUAUACACAGAGACUGCCGCACGGUGCAUAAAGUGUCUGCACGUGACCACCCGAUGCACGUAAUUAAAAGGUUGCAUUAUAUUUUCUGUUCAUCAGUAUAUUGUUCUCCGCUCUUUUGUGGAUGUUGUCAUUCCAUUGGAUUACACAUGGCAUUGAUUUAAAGUCAAAUAUUCUCAUUAUAGCAUCGUGUAGCGGACUCUGUUGCUUCGGCCGCUACUUCUAAAGCUAUUAACUAAGUCAACUAAGUCACUGUGUUGAGAUAGUAAAGAUGGAGUUUGUUUUAGUUGGCCAAGGGAAAAAGAUUAAAGAUAUGUGAACAAAUAGUACUGAUUGGGUAUUUUGGGGCAGUAUCAAACACAGUGCUGAAGUAGACACACAAAUGAUCUGAGAUAAAAACGUUUUCCAAGGCCAAACCUAGUGUAAAAUCUAAUGUGUGGCCCCUGUUGUGAGUUGGCCCAGAUACAUGCUGUACUAGGUUAAAAGACUCAGUGAUUUUUAAAAACUCAGUUGAAAGACCAUUAGAGGGAUCAUCAAUAUGGAUAUUAAAGUCACCAGCAAUAAUAAGUUUGUCAAAGCCAGCAAAUUCAUUAAAAAACUACCAUUGGACCCGGAGUCCCUAUGGCAAUAUUCAACGUCCUCGACAAACUGAUAACCAAGUUUAUAUGGCAGAACAAGAAACCAAGAGUAAGACUUAAGACACUAUUACUACCAAAGCAAAAGGGGGGGCUUAAUUUACCUAACCUCAAAUACUACCACUGAGCGGCACAACUGAGGACCUUAAUAGCAUGGAUAACUAACGAUAUUGAUACCGGCUGGGUCAGUAUAGAACAAAAUUCAUGUCCAGACAUCCCUUUAGGGGGGGCUUCCAUUUCUAAGCCAAGUGAACUGGAAGAAGUUAAAAAUAGAGAAUAAAUGGAUAAAAUUCAUGAUGAAGACUUGGCCGGAUAUAAAAAAAAAACAAUUUCAAAUUUUUACUUCUAUAUGCAGGACAUUUAAAAUUGUAGCUAUUCCAGGAUUUUUACCUAUUAAAACUGUUAACGGCUUCAGAAAAUGGUCGGACAAAGGGUUAACUACCGUUAAUCAGCACUUUCAAGGGGAAGUAUUGAAAUCUUACGAACACCUCCAGAGAGAAUUUGGUUUAUUAGGGAUGGAUGCUUUAAGAUUUCUCCAGUUAAGCUACAGAUGCAUUAAGACUGGGAGCUGGUAUGUAAGGGCGCGUUUAGAAAGAAUCUUUAUGUUGACUAUGGAGGGAGUGUUGAAUAAGAAUCUGAUUUCCCAUCUCUACAGAUGGUUUCAGGGUAAGGACACAGGAGACACAAACAAAACAGAAAUGGGCAUUAGAAAUGAAUACUAUUAUUACUGAUGAAAUGUGGGAAAAGAAAUGCCUUUCUGGGCAUAAACUAACAAGCAGUCCUACCUGGAGGGAGUCUGAAUGACAAUGUUUAAAACCCCUCCUUUGAUGGCGAGAUACAGCAACACAUCAGAGCUUUGCUGGAGAGAGUGCAGGAAGAUAGGAGACCAUACUCAUAAAAUCUGGGAUUGUCCCAAAUUGAAUAAAUACUGGAGAGAUAUUCAGGCAGAGAUCAAGAAAAUUCUGGGGCUUGACUUGCCAUUAGAACCAGCAUUUUUUUACACUGGGGAACACUCAAGAAAUAAACACAAAAAAACAGACAUAUUUACUCUGAGUGUUGCUGUUGAUCGCAAAAAAAUUAUUACGGUGUUGUGGAGAAAUGUAAAGCCACCUACUGUACAACAAUGGAGGGAAAGGUUAAAAAGUGUUUAUGAGAUGGAGAGCAUAACAGCCUGACUUCAACUAAAGACAGAUGUUUUCAAAAAUAAAUGGAAACCAGUACUACUUCAUUUUCCAAGAUAGAUUAAGAUCACAAAUGCAUAACUCCAUUAGAUGGGCACUGGGAAUGUACUUUCUACAUGCAAUAGGUGUUGGACGGAGGAAGUCAAGAAUAUGAGGAUACAUAUGCUUAAACAUAUUGGGUAUUAAGUAUUGGCUGAAUUGAAGUUUUGAGAGAUACCUGUGCAUGUGGUACAUUUAUGGACUGACCAGAUAAAAGAUUAUGUUUUGUUUUUUCACCUGCCGUAUGACCCAUAUUUUGUUUGUUUUUGUACAUAUAUGUAUUUUGAUAUGAUUGAAAUGAACAAAGCAACUUUGAAAUAAAGCUCAAGUUAAAAAACAAAACAAAACAAAAACUACCAUUGUGUCCAGGCGGGCGGUAGAUCAUUAGACAGAGGACGGGUGAAGUGCAGCAAGCAUAGCUCAAGCAUCUGGCUGUGGUCGCCAGGUAACAUGAGGCACAUGAGGGAGGUGGUGAGCAUUUUUCAGGAUGGGGUUGUGACUGUAAAAAACAUGUUGUGUGUCAAAGUAUGUACACCCAAACUGCUAGAUGUAUUCCAUUUCCAUCUCUCCCAUAAAAGGAGGGGCGAUUCCAAAAGAGGUUAAAAUUAUCAAUGAAAGCAGGACUAUUAUGGACUGCCCAGGUAGGCUGCAGCCAUGUGUGGAGACUGAGGAUGCGCCAAAAACGACCGGCACCUCGGCCUAGUGGAGGAAUGGGGCCGGAAACAAAAACACGCCUGCCACAUGAAUCCAGCGAGCGAAGGAGUCUGUUAAAGUCAUAUUUUAAUAUUUCUGAAGAUCGCUUUGAAACAUCAUUGCAGCCGAUAUGUAAGAUGAUGUUCGUAAAGCGUGGGUGUUUUGCCAAGAGACUGGGGAUCCUAUCCAGUAUGUCCAACACCAUAGCGCCUUGAAAACAGUAUGUCACCGCUGAUCUUCUCCUGACAUGGCCCACUAUGGAAUCACCAAUAACCAAGGUGUUCGGCUCCAUCGCUAGCGAUGCAGGAUCCGCUCGCUGCAAGGAAGCAGGUGAGGGAGGAUGAUUUGCUGCAGAUUGCCGCGAAGCCAGAGUGUAGUUCAGCUUGGAACGGUUGGUAGUGGGACGGGAAAAGGCCCCCUGCAGGGUUCGGUGGAGAAGCCCAGGUAGGUGGAAAUCCAGCAGGGUUGCAUAGUACCAUGUAGACUGAACAUUUCAUAUCGAUUUUCCAACUGGAUUUCCGUGUUUGAGGGGGUGUGAUAAAAGAUGCAUAUU